AUGGCAGAUUCAUAUUCCUAUAGAGGCGGGAAAAAAAUUGCUGGAUCCAGCAAAGCCUACGCAGACAAAGAAAGCCAUAAGACGGAGAUGAAGAUCAGCCCGACAUACGAGCAAUCGCGGCUUGGAAACGCAACGAAUGAUAAAGCCGAAGGCAAAAAGAAAGGACGGCCCAAGGCAGAAAGCCAAGCCCUGAAGGAUAUUCCUCUGCCUCUGAUGAACCAGUGGAAAGACGAGUUCAAGGCCCAUUCCAGGGUCAAAUGCCCCAACUCGGGCUGUUGGCUGGAAUUCCCCAGCAUCUACGGCCUAAAAUACCACUAUCAGCGCUGUCAAGGGGGCCCCAUCUUGGAGAAGCGGACUUUCCCCUGUCCGUACUGCGAAGCUGCCUUUACUUCCAAAACCCAGCUGGAAAAACACCGUCUCUGGAACCACCUGGAUCGGCCGUUGCCGGUUGUCGUCCCCCCGGUAGACCACAAAGCGCACAAAGCAGCAAACAAAGGGGGUGGCAAGAAAAGAGCCGCAGAGCGUUCGCCUUCCCCCGCCGUCCACCUCAAACAGGCCAAGGUAGAAAAGGCCGUGGCCCUCCAGCGCCCCGAGAAUGGAGAGUGUGUGGCCGCAAAGAAGGACAGCAAAGAGUUCAAAGCCGUGGCUGCAGGGGGCUGUGGGACAGCGGCAAGUCCGGCCACGCAGCCGUCAGGCACCAGAAGUUCCAAGCAGCAGACGAACCGGCAGGCUGUUGUUCAGGAAGAAGACCCCGAGCGGAUGAAGCACAGAAGGAAACAGAAAACUCCUAAGAAGUUUACCGGGGAGCAGCCGUCCAUCUCGGGGACGUUCGGACUGAAAGGGCUGGCCAAAGCCGAGGACAAGGCAAAAGCCCACCGAGCCAAGAAGCUGGAGGCGGCCUUGAGCAGCAGCGCCGUCAAUAGCGAAGAGCUGAGAAAGAAAUUGCCGGGAUCCAGCAUCAAAAAGGAGGCAGCGCCAACGGUAGCAGCACCUUCCGCCACAGUGAGCCCGGAGGAGCAGUGGCAGCGGACGAUCAAUGAGAAGGGAGAGGUGGCCUGCCCAACCUGCAGCAUGAUCACCAGGAAAACGGUCCUCGGGCUCAAGAAGCACAUGGAAGUUUGCCAAAAACUCCAAGAUGCCUUGAAAUGUCAGCACUGCAAGAAGCAGUUCAAGUCCAAAGCUGGCCUGAAUUAUCACACCAUGGCAGAACACGUCAACAAGCCCGUCCCCGUGGAAGCCGCCGCUCCUCUUAGUGAACACGAAGAGAGGGAGAGGCUGAGGAAAGUGCUCAAGCAGAUGGGAAAACUCAAAUGCCCCAAUGAGGGCUGCGUGGCUGCCUUCUCCAGCCUCAUGGGGUACCAGUACCACCAGAAGCGGUGCGGCAAGCAGCCGUCGGAGGUGGAUAAGCCACCUUUACCUGUCCCCACUGCGGGAAGGUUUAACAAGUCCAAGGCUGGGCACGAUUACCACGUGAGGUCGGAGCAUCCGUCAACGCCUCCCGCGCCGCCCGAAACAAAGCCAGAAGCCAGCCCAGUCGAAGAUUUUGAGAGGACUCCAAGCGGCAGGAUCCGGCGCACGUCUGCCCAAGUGGCCGUCUUCCAUCUGCAGGAGAUAGCCGAAGACGAGCUGGCCAAGGACUGGACCAAACGGAGGAUGAAGGAUGACUUGGUUCCUGAGACAAAACGACUAAAUUAUACCCGGCCUGGGCUUCCGAAGUUGAACCCAAGACUUCUGGAGAUCUGGAAAACUGAAGUGAAGGAGAAAGGACACAUCAACUGCCCUAACAAUUGCUGCGUUGCCAUCUAUUCCAGCGUGUCUGGUUUGAAAGCCCACCUCGCAAACUGCAACAAGGGGGGCCACUCCGUGGGAAAAUAUAGAUGUCUUCUGUGUCAGAAGGAGUUUAGCUCAGAAAGCGGAGUCAAGUAUCACAUCAUUAAGACCCACUCAGAGAACUGGUUCCGAACCUCUACAGAGACUCCCCCGAAGAAGAAGAGCAAAGAGCAGACCGUCCCCAACGGCGAGGAGCAAAAAAACCCCACGGACGGGAAGAAAAGGGGCCGAAAGCCGAAGGAAAGACCCCCGGAAAGUUCCCCCAAAGGCAAAGAGAGCACAGCGGAAAAGACUAACCAUAAGAAAACGGCAGGGUCGUGGGAGACGGCAGACUGCAGCCCCGAUGGGAGAGAGCCCAGCUGCAAAGUUCCCCACAGCAAGAAGGGGGGAGCCAGCAAGAUGCCCGAGAAAUAAGGAA